AUGUGCAUUAGUAGCAAUCUGUUCCAGCGUGUUCAUAAAUCUAUCUAUCUAUCUAUCUAUCUAUCUAUCUAUCUAUCUAUCUAUCUAUCCUCGUCUGUUCGUAUCUAUCUAUCUAUCUAUCUAUCCCUAUCUAUCUAUCUAUCUAUCUAUCUAUCUAUCCUAUUCAUCUAUCUAUUCGUAUCUAUCUAUCUAUCUAUCUAUCUAUCUAUCUUCGUCUGUUCGUAUCUAUCUAUCUAUCUAUCUAUCUAUCUAUCUAUCUAUCUAUCUAUCUAUCCUCGUCUGUUCGUAUCUAUCUAUCUAUCCCGUCUGUUCGUAUCUAUCUAUCUAUCUAUCUACGGGGUCUUCUUAGCAACAUUAUUUUCUUUUUAUCACCCCCACUACAAAUACAAAUUUUCCAGACAGGAACUCCCUCCAUCCUUGCAACCUGAGAUCGACAUCAUCUGGUCUUCCAUUUCUCUCUCUCUCUCUCUCUCUCUGCCUUUAUGCAGCAUCGCUGGGGAAAUUCCAGUAUAG